UGAAAUGUUUUGUUGAAUUAGAGAUUUCAAGUUGGCAUUCACAUUGACUGAAUGCGAAAAUGUUUACAUGAGAUUACAUUCAGCCACGGCCUUGAGCUAAGAACAAAUUAUAUUUACGACGUCAUACCACAGUUAUAAUGAAGUUACUAUGACGCGAUAUAUCGGUUGUGUGAGUGAAGUGAUUAUGACGUCAUAAUUGGUUGGUGUAUAUGACAACCCAUGCCGACGUCCGUCUACACUGAGCAUACCAAUACAAGAUGGCCACUUCUCCGGUAGCCAGCGAGUCAACGUCCUCUCCAGAUACUAAGGAGCUUGAGGUCCUUCUCCCGGCCUUUCUCCGACAAGCUACGGCUUUCCAGCAGAUGGGCAAGGAACUUGACAACUAUAUGAGGGGGUCUCGGAGCAUGAAGACGGUGGUGGACGGCAUUAACAAAACAGUUACCUCCCUUUGCGACAAGUCCCUGCCUCGUUUUCACGAAUUCGAAGCCCUGUUAGAGGACCAGGCCCAGCUCUGGAUAAUAUUAGAAACUGAUAUCCAGAAGAUGGGAAAAGGUUUCAAACAUUUCGGGGAACAGUUCUAUAUGGUACUGAAAGCAGUCGACCUUCGUAAGAAAACUAGGAAGGAAUACGCCGAACUCCGGACCAAUUAUAAGAUAAAAACUGAAGGUUUCAUGGUGAAGAAAUCUGAAAAGGAAAAGGCACAGAAGGCGAUGGACUCCAAGCUUGCUGACUGUCUGGACAUUGAUAGGUGUUUAGUGGUUCGGAUAAAGGAGCUACAGACUGGACAACGUCGGUUUGUGGCCGAUCAGUACAGCCAGUUUAUGGCCGCUCAAGCCGGGUUCUGCAAGGACACGCUCCAGGUACUGAAUAUGGUGCCCGAUAUAUUGACGGGAUUUCUACCCAAGAAACCUGCCCAAAGUAAAAAACCAGAGAGAAAGAAGCUAGACCUGCCGCUCCCUAAACCUCCAAAGAAGAAAGGCUAUUGAAGCAAUUAUACACACUCUCAACACGUUGUUUGUUUUGUCUAUGUCUAGAAAAUAAAGCUGUUAUAAUGUCCAUACUUGUAUUAUCAUAUAGCAGUUGUAUGUAUGUGUCGC